CCCGGCGUCGGCCCCGCACGCCCUCCCCCGGGGGCCAUGGGGGAGCCCCCGGGCUACCGACCCUCGGCCUGGGUGCAUCUACUCCACCAGCUGCCCCGCGCCGACUUCCAGCUCCGCCCGGUGCCCAGCGAUUUCGCGCCCCAAGAGCAGGAAUACCAGCAGGCCCUGUUGCUGGUGGCGGCCUUGGCUGGCCUGGGUCUGGGCCUCAGCCUCAUUCUCAUUGCUGCCUACCUCAUUCGCGUCUGCUGCUGCCGGCCCCUGGAGCCCCCCGGUACCAAGAGCCCCCCACCCGGGGGAGGCUGCGUCACCUGGAGCUGCAUAGCUGCCCUUCUCGUCAGCUGCGCCGGCAUCGGCAUCGGUUUCUAUGGCAACAGCGAGACCAGUGAUGGGGUGGCCCAGCUCAGCUCGGCCUUGUUGCACGCAAACCACACUCUCAACGCCAUUGACCACCUGGUGUUGGAGACGGUGGAGAGGCUGGGCGAGGCGGUGAGGACAGAGCUGACCACUCUGGAGGAGGUGCUCACGCAGCGCACGGAGCUGGUGGCUGCCACCCGGGGGGCUCGGCGGCAGGCGGAGGCCGUGGCUCAGCAGCUCCGGGGGCUGGCCUUCUGGCAGGGAGUGCCCCUGAGCCCCCUGCAGGUGGCCGAAGAUGUGUCCUAUGUGGAGGAAUACAGGUGGUUGGCCUAUGUCCUCCUGCUGCUCUUGGAGCUCCUGGUCUGCCUCUUCACCCUCCUGGGCCUGGCAAAGCAGAGCAAGUGGCUGGUGAUCGUGAUGACGGUGAUGAGCCUUGUGGUCCUUGUCCUGAGCUGGGGCUCCCUGGGUCUGGAGGCAGCUACUGCUGUGGGCCUCAGUGACUUCUGCACUAAUCCUGACAACUUCAUCCUGAACCUGACCCAGGAGGAGACUGGGCUUGACUCAGACAUCCUGAACUAUUAUUUCCUCUGCAACCAGGCCGUCUCCAACCCCUUCCAACAGAGGCUGACCCUGUCCCAGCGAGCGCUGGCCAGCAUCCACUCCCAGCUGCAGGGCCUGGAGCGAGAAGCGGUGCCCCAGUUCCCUUCGGCGCAGAAGCCGCUGCUGUCCUUGGAGGAGACGUUGAAUGUGACUGAAGGAAACUUCCACCAGUUGGUGGCGCUACUGCACUGUCGAGGCUUGCACAAGGAUUACGGCUCCGCCCUGAGGGGCCUGUGUGAAGACACCCUCGAAGGCUUGCUCUUCCUGCUGCUCUUCUCCCUGCUGUCUGCGGGGGCCCUGGCCACCGCCCUCUGCAGCCUGCCUCGAGCCUGGGCCCUGUUCCCACCCAGUGACGACUAUGAUGACACAGACGAUGACGACCCUUUCAACCCUCAGGAAUCCAAGCGCUUCGUGCAGUGGCAGUCUUCUAUCUGAGCCUCUUCUCCACGCCAGACUGGAGCCUGUCCCCCCUCCUCGUUCCCUCCCUGGCUGCCGGAGAAGACCCCACUAACCCAGCCUGACUGGGCCCCCAUCACUAACAACACCCUUGGCCACGGACACCCCAAUCAGGACUGCCUCCCUGCCCGCCCUCUCGACAUGCCCUGGGAGAAGGCCAGAGAGGGGGCCCCUCCUCCUGGGCCCCCAGGGCCAUCCUCGAAGGAACAUCAGUACCCCCGCCCCCGCCACGCACCGGUGGGCUUAGGCCCCCUGAUCCCAACUUGCAGCACUAACUUGGGAAUGGGUUGAUUUGAAAUAAAA